AUGGGUUCCGAGUCCGUGCGUGCUCAAGUGAGCGCCAAAUGGCAAGAUGCAUUUGCCCGCCUGAACCGUGAAGCGCCUGGUAUUGCAGGUCUGAUGUCGUUCAGUGAGGCGUGGAAGACUUCGACGGACUUCUUAUACCCGAGGAAACUAGGUGAUCCGCCUAAGGAUUUCAGCUCUCUGGAGGUCAGAGGUGCCUUCGAUGUGUUGAUGCAAUGUCGCAUGCUACCUGUGUUGCUCGAGAAUUUUAUCGAGGAUGUGCGGAGGCGAAAGUAUCUUAUCACUGAAGAUGUUGCGAAGUUCAUGGAACAAUAUGAGACGACUGGGGAUCCCAGGGUCAUCGCUCAGCUUGUGUUCCGACUCGCAGAAUGGCACAAGGCAUGGGCGCCAGGUGGAGAACUAGGUCACACCAUCACUUCUACCUACGUUGUCCACUUCCAGACCCACAUCUUCUCCGCUUUGCCUCCAACCUUUGCUGGGGGGUUCAAGAAGCUCAUAGCUGCCACUCUUGAAGCUACGACCGACCCUUUGUCGUCAAUGGCGCCUUAUUAUCAGGAUCCGAAGCUUUGGGCGGCGUUCGAGAUGCUGGGGCUCGUCGAUCGCUACGAGUCUCUGAUCGCCAGUGUUUGUUAUGAACAUAUCGAGAAUCAUGUUCGGAGCACAUGUCAAGGUCGAUGGGACGAGCCCAUGUUGACCAUUCUUAGAGAUUGGAUGGCGGACAAGGUUGUGCCCUGGAUGCUACUUCCAUACGCAAGAGGUGCAAGAAAUGCGGAGGAGGCGCGAACAAUGCUUCAAGGAGUUGGUUCUCGUUUCGACUUCCACGUCUGCAAGACCCUCUGUGACCUUCGGACCAAGGAAAUAUUUGAUAUAAUAAUCGAUUAUCCAGAAUCAACGCCGGCCCUCCAUGAUUUGAAGGAAUGCCUCGCGCGAGUUGACCAGCGAACCGAAUUGGUCCAAUCCCUUCGUAAGGCAAAUAAAAAACGGCUUUUGCAUCCAGGGGCAGACACAAAGGACAUUCUCACACAAUACGUCUCAAUCAUCCGAUGUUUGCGCAUCGUCGACCCUCCAGGGGUACUUCUCUUCAAAGUAGCUGAUCCUAUCCGACGGUACCUGAGAGAGAAACCUGACACCAUCCGAUGUAUUGUCGCAAGUCUUGUAGGCGACGGAGAAAGCGGCGAUUCGUUGGUCGACGACAACGAUCCGAUUCAACCAUUGCAGGGCGUCCAGGUUGAUGAUUAUUUGGAUCCCAGCUGGGAGCCUGAACCCAUGGAUGCAGGGCCUGAUUUCCGAACGAACAAACCGAGCGACGUGAUUAGCACUCUUGUCAGCAUUUAUGACUCCAAGGACCUCUUUGUGAAAGAGCUGCAGGUACUCCUAGCUCAGCGUCUACUGGCUAUCACAGACGGUAACUUUGAGAAAGAGCGUCGUAACAUCGAGAUCUUGAAAAUUCGCUUCGGAGAGGGCCCGCUGCAGGUAUGUGAGGUCAUGUUGAAAGACAUGACCGAUUCGCGUCGAAUAGACCAGCACGUCCAGUCUCAAAAGAGCUCCAUCAUGCAUCCGACCAUAAUAUCCCGCCACUUCUGGCCACCAUUACAGUCGAGCACAUUCGACAUGCCAGGGCAGUUCCGAGAGAUUCAAAGCUCAUAUGCAAGCGAGUACAUAACCUUCAAGCCGGAUAAGAAGCUGCGCUGGCUCCCGCAUCUCGGCUCGGUCCAUCUGGAUAUCGAGUUGCAAGAUAGAACCGUGACCGCGGACGUGCCGCCUCUGGAAGCGGCCUUCAUCGAGAUGUUCUCGGAAAAGGAUGUAUGGACGGUUGACGAAUUAAUAUUACGCGUUGGCCCUGUCGACCGGACGUCAGCGCUCAAGGCUCUCCUGGCUUGGGUGGACCGUGGCGUGCUGAAAGAAGACAAGGACGACACAUUCAAGCUUUUGGAAGAGGUCGACGCAUCGCAGCCAGAACCUCACAUACGACCAUCUGGAACGCGGGCACAGAACGAGGAGCUGCUGCCGGUGUUGUCGGUGCAGCAACAACAGGCAGAACAGAUGAAAGUCUUUUGGAGGUUCAUCGAGGGCAUGCUCACAAAUCUGGGGUCUCUCCCACUCGACAGAAUACAAAACAUGCUCAAGUUCGCGCCUGGCUACGAUCGGAGGAUUGAUCAGCUGGCUGCAUUCAUGGAUGCGGCGCAGCGAGAGGGGCUCGUUGUCACCACGAAAGAAGGGCUCUGGAAGUUAAAUCGCUAA